AUUACACUCGAUGGAGUACCAAUCCAGGAACUGAAUAUUGAGUGGCUACGUAACAAUAUCGGGCUGGUAUCCCAGGAACCAGUGCUGUUUGCAACAACAAUUGAAGAAAAUCUCAAACUUGGCAAAGAAAAUCUCACUCAGGAUGCCAUGGUCGAUGCUUGCGUGAUGGCUAAUGCGCACGAUUUCAUCCUUAAAUUACCAAAGGCCUGUUCUGCUGGCUUUUUGCUUUCUCACUGUGAACUAUACAUGGCUGGCUAUAAAACACUAAUCGGUCCCGGUGGUGUACAACUGUCGGGCGGCCAAAAGCAGCGCAUAGCAAUAGCACGCGCACUGGUUCGGGAUCCGAAAAUUUUGUUGCUUGAUGAAGCGACAAGCGCGCUUGAUUCGGAGAGUGAAGUAGUAGUGCAAAAAGCGCUCGACCAGGCAAGUUUUCUCCUUUUUUAG